AUGAGAAAAAAAACCGCCUAUGGCGCUGUAACUUUCGGGUUUGAUGUGAACUGUUGUGUGGCGACCUGUAACACGAUGGGUGGACAGGCACUAGCUGAUACAUAUGGUCAUAUUCCCAAUUAUAUGCAAGGCCUGCUGGGAACGUUGCCUUCAACUGACGAGAAUGACAAGUUUAUUUUCCUAAGGGAAAGGCUCACAAAAAAAUUAAAAAGUGCCUCAGACGAACCUUUGAUUGGAACGUGGAAGUUGGAAAACAUGUCUUCAAAGUUGGACCUUUCCACUAAAGCUGUCUUUCCAGGAAAGUCCUUGAAUCCUCCCGUGGACAGUUUUUACGAUUUGUCUAACAUGACUCUCCGUGUAGUCACAGUAAAAGAUGCUCCUUUCGUCGUGGACAACCCGGACUAUAAACCUGAUGAUCCGAACAGCCUUCGCUACACUGGGUAUUGUAUAGACCUACUGUUGAGAUUGCAAGAAAUGUUAAACUUUCAGUUUACUGUGUCGCUAAGUGCCACUUACGGUCGUCAAGAUCACCAGACUGGAUUUUGGAGCGGGCUCGUCAAAGAACUGAUGGAAGAGAGGGCAGAUGUUGGACUUGGAGCCUUUACCAUAAACUAUGAACGUCAACAAGUUAUCUCAUUCACAAAACCCUUUUUCGACCUUGGACUAACCAUUCUGAUACCUCGUUACAAUCCUGCGGUCCAGAAAGAUGUUUUCGCAUUCCUUUCACCAUUUGAACCUUUGCUGUGGGCAGUAAUAUUAGUGGCUCUGUGUGGCACGUCUGUGGUUCUUGUAAUAUGCAGCAAUUGUACACCAGAGGGCGUUCAACGUCGACGAAUGUUGAAAGACCAUCGCAAACAUUGCGCAAUACGCCAAGAGCUGAAUGUUGCUCCAAUGGGAAUAUUUCACGCCCUGUGGCUGGGAUUUUCUUCGUUAGUGAAUCAGAGUAUUGAUCCAGGGCGUCUUCAGUUUCCCACCCGUAUUACCCUAGCCGUUUGGUGGAUAUCUACAAUCGUCCUGGUGUCAGCUUACACAGCUAAGCUAGCGUCCGUCAUGACAGUGGAGAGGUCAGACAAAGAAGUGUCGUCACUCGAGGAACUCGUGCAUGAUUCCAACAUGGAGUAUGGCUGUGUAGAAAACACCAGUACCGUUGAUUUCUUUGAGAAGCACGAGAUGUUGCUAUAUCGAGAAGCCUUCCAGGAGAUGCAGAAGAGGGGUAGUUUCGUUUCUUCUUUUCAUGGGGGUAUUAAAAAAGUCCGAGAUUCAUUCAAUAUCCCUCGUGGAACUCCGGGUCGAUUUGCACUUAUUGGUGAUUCUCCCAUCUUGACCUUUGCCACAGAACAGGAACCUUGCAAUAUUGAAACUACUGGACGGUUGUUUGGAGCACAAAACUACGGUCUUGGAUUACAGAAGAAUUCACCUUACGAGAAGCAUUUCAGUUUAGGAAUAUUAAGCUUAAGGGAAGAAGGAUUUUUUGAAACUUUGUAUCGCAGGUGGUUUGUUGGAAUAUGUAGCAGUCCAGGUAAAGGAAGCCAGGCAACAAACAAUAGGCAGUUGGACCUGUGGAGUAUGGUAGGCGUGUUUUAUUGUUUGCUUAUUGGGAUUGGCGUAGCAGCAGUGAUGGUGGUUGUUGAUUGGUUACGGUACAUGUGGUGCAGGACAAAGUUGGCUUGCGAAGUAAAUAAAUCCCAG